CCAGUCUUCGACAGUUCAACAUUGCCCCGAAAUCUUCGAGUCUUCGACGAAAUCUUCCUCCACCUGCUUGUUAGUUGCUUUUACGAGCUUCGAUUGACGGUCCAGGGUCCACCACCCGCUUCUUCCAAGCUACUCUGAGCUUCGACCGAGGGCAGAGUUGUUGUUCUCCUAAAACUUGACCAGCAGUCAAUCCUGUGUGUUUGUCUGAAUUCUUCUGCUUCUUGUGAUUACGUUUCUACAGUUGGGAAAUUGUCAUGGGAGACAAGUCAGAAGGCGUUUGUCGGGACUUCUACGUACCAGAUUACUUACUCGUUCCUAGAUCUAAGCCUUGGAGGAUUACCCAUGUAUCGGCAUGUCCAGUCAGUGUGUUCAUCAACUCCAAGAGUGGCGGCCAGCUUCUCGUAACGUAUCGCUCUCUUCUCAACAAAAACCAGGUAUUCGAUUUGGGUGAAAGUGCUCCUAAUAAGGUGUUACACCAGUUUUAUGUUACUUUAGAAGUGCUGAAGAAUAACGGAGACGACUUCGCCGAUGAAGUUCAGAAGAAAUUAAGAAUAAACUACGGGGUUGCGGGAGGGGAUGGCACAGCAAGCUGGCUUCUCGGAGUGAUUUCUGAUCUCAGGCUACCUAAACCGCCUCCAGUCGCCACGGUGCCACUUGGAGCUGGCAAUAACCUCCCAUUUUCAUUUGGCUGGGUAAGAUACUAAAUCCUUGAAUCAUCAAGCAGGUGAAAAUAUUGAUUUCAAUUGUUCCCGUGAAAACCUAAGAAUAUGUCUUUUGUCUCUGUAUUCGUGGGUAUAUAUAUUUGAAUUUGUAAUGUGCCUGUUGACCAUUGUUUGGUAAUUUUAGGAUCAAGUUGAACUCUGAAUUUUUUUCAUGCCAGCACAUCAUUUGAGAAAAUUAACUAUCCUGAUUUCUGAUGUUGUAUGGUGAAUAUGCUACGAAAUUUGCCAGUCACUUUUAUUUAGGAGUUUGAGUUAUGAUUUCGAUUUCGAUAAUUUGUAACGAUAUUUUGUGUAUUUAUGAUUUAUUGUUGAUUUA